UCGAUCCCAUUCAACCUCCCAAUUGCAAAUCUAUUCUUGUUCUUCCUUUGUAUACAAACCCUUUUUUUCAAAAUUUAUUGAACUUCCAAUAUAGCAAAGAACAAGCACUUCCAAAUAAAAGAGGAAUACCGCUGCUAUCGGCAGAAAAUGACCAGAAAAUUAAAAUAUAUUGAGCGAACGUCGACAUUCGCGUGGAGUCCAUCUCAGGCACCUAUGAUUGCCACAGGCACAAUGGCAGAUGCAUCAGAUGACUCCUUCUUUAACGUGUCAUCAUUAGAGAUCUUUGAAAUGAGCAAUAAUGCUUCAAACCAAACUCUUGAGCCAUUGGCUAAAGUGCAUGUUAAAUCAAGAUUUCAAACAAUAGGUUGGGGAUAUAUCUCAGAAGAUAAGCCGAAAGGUAUCAUUGCUAGCGGUAUGAAAACUGGUGAGCUGGAGCUUUGGGAUGCUUCUGCUAUCCUUGAUGGCAAAAGUGCAGAUGAAUGCUUGAUCUUGAGAAACUCGAUGCAUAUGAGUGUGUUAAGGUCUCUUGAUUUCAAUAUAUUCCAAACCAAUCUCUUGGCUACCGCUGGUGAUCGAAACGAGGUGUAUAUCUGGGACCUUGAAAAUCCUUUUAAACCAUACUCUCCAGGCGCUCGCUCGGUAAAAAUGGAGCAUAUUACCGAUGUUGCUUGGAACUGCCAAGUAAAACAUAUUCUUGCUACUUCCUCCAGUAAUGGAUACGCGGUUGUCUGGGAUUUGCGUCAUAAGAAAGAAGUAAUGGCCUUACCACCUACAGGUCAAUUGAAUGGAGGCUCUCCGAUUUCUUCGAUAGCCUGGCAUCCAGAUAUUGCUACCCAAAUUGUUACGGCCAUAAACGAUAACCAAAACCCAAUUAUUUCCUUAUGGGACCUUCGCCAUGCUCAAUCUCCUGAGAAGAUUUUAAAUGGGCAUACAAAGGGUGUCCUUGAUGUGUCAUGGUGUCAGCAGGAUUCAGGUUUGUUGACUUCUAGCGGACAAGACUGCAGAACUCUGUGUUGGAAUCCGAAUACUGGGGAGUUAGAUGGUGAGAUAACCCGUAAAAGCAAAUGGACGUUUGAAAUAGAAUGGUGUCCUCGAAAUCCUGAUCUAUUGGCUACUGCUUCUUUUGAUGGAAAUAUUGAUAUAUACUCUAUUCAAGGUAGACUGAAUCCCAAGGAAGAUUCCAAUAAACAAUCCAUGCACGCUUUCGUCCCUGAUAAUCCUUCAGAUGCUGCUAUGUAUGACACUACUUUUAUUAAUUCAAAUGCAAUAUCUUGCCCUUCUUUUGAACUGAAACGAGCCCCUAAAUGGCUACAACGUCCUGUCGGCGCAUCUUUUGGUUUUGGCGGUAAGAUUGUCCAUCAUCAUCAAAAUUGCGUUAAACUUUCGUCUGUGAGGAAGGACCCUGAAAUUGUGCAACGUUCGGAACAGCUUGAAUCCGUUUCCGAAGAGGACCUUGAAUCAUAUAAACAAUUCGUUGAAAAUCGUAUCUGUAAUGAUGAUACCAAUGAUCAAGAAUGGAAGGUUUUAAGAACCCUGUUUUCAACGAAUGCACGCGAAGAAUUAAUUCAGUGCUUGGGUUUCGAAAGGGAAGAAGUGACCAAAACAGCUUAUGAAUUAAUUGAGAAAUUAAGAAAAAAAGAGGAGCAGCAGAGACGAAAUGAAAAAAGCGUACACUUGAACAAGCAAAAACAAGAAGAUGGAGCAGAUAAUGAUGGGAAUUGCAACAAAUCAAAAGAUAAGGAGAUCCGAAAACUGGCUAAUCAGCAUCAUAAUAGUACUGAUGGUACAUACAAAAAAAGAAGAGGAAAGAUAUCGCAAACGUAUACCAACGACAAUAGCGAAAUAAACAAUACCUCUGCUAUUAAAAACGAAGAAACACCUGUUGAUGAUACCACUCUACUAACCUCAGCGCCUACUGAGGCAAAGCUUGAAAAGAAUAACGUUAUUGAGAAGGAAUCAGUUAACAAUAGUAUUACAGUUUCUAACUUGUUUAAUAACGAACAAGAAUCAGCAGUUGAUGGUUCCAUCUUUAGUCAAAUCAAUAAUCAGCAAGGAUUUGAUGAAACUACUAAUCAAUCUGUAUCAGACUCAACAGCAUCAACAAACCAUAACUUCAAUGGUGCAGGUAUUAUUACGCGAAUUGAUUUUGCUCCUGUUAGUAUUGACGUUAAUCGUACUAUUGGUUCUUCUUCCCAUGUUGGAGCAAUGGAUGAAAGAAACCCAUUCAAGUUUUACAACGACGAGAUUUUGAAUGGCGAAGGCAGUUUCAACAACGAAACGGAUAACUUUAUUACCAAGGCUAUUAUGUUGGGUGAUUUUGAAUCCGCUGUCGAUGUAUGUUUAGCUGCUGGAAGAUACUCAGAUGCACUUGUUUUUGCCACGUGUGGAGGCAGUGAAUUACUUUCUCGCACUCGUAGAGCCUACUUCAAACAACAAUCAAAGGAGCACACUUAUUUGCGCCUCUUAGAAGGCAUUGUGGAUGAAGAUUUGGCUUCGAUUGUCAAGAAUGCUGAUGAUAUUCAACAUGAAUGGGUUUCCAUUUUAGUAGUUCUGUCCACAUUUGCCAAAGCUGAAGACUUUGGACCUUUGUGCGAGAUUCUUGGAGAUCGUAUGUUAGAAACAAAACAUCAACAAUCUACUGCUGCAGCUGCUAUUUUUUAUCUCGUGGCAGGCAACUUACAGAAGGUUUGUCAAUUAUGGAUCAAUAAAUUAAAUCACGAAGACAAUGCGGAUAAUAGAGUUACAUCAAACAGCUACGAAAUGCGUCUGCAAGAACUAGUAGAAAAAGUUGUCAUUUUUCGUAAAGCCAUCGAAUAUGAAGACAAAUGCCUUACUGCUUCACUUGGAAACCUUCAUGAAAAUUAUUCUCUUGCACCUUUGUAUGAGAAAUAUGCCGAAUAUGUUGAAUAUAUGGCUUCUGAGGGCAAGUUAGACGUUGCUAUUAAGUAUAUCAACUUGAUACCUGCUCAAUUUAUCAAUGGUAAUGCUGUCAUUCGUGAUAGAAUUGCUGCUAUUUAUGAUCGUAUUAACAAUGUCUGCGGUGAUGGUAACGAUAAUCAGGCUCAGCAACGACCAUCAUUCUCUUUUGAAAAAAAAGAAAUUGGUAACAAUAAUGCAGCUUCAAUUGAUGGCCUUUAUAACAAACAACCAACAACUUCUUCGCAUAAACAAUACCGAUAUUCUCAGCAGUGUUUUAACUCUAAGUUCUACCAACAAUCUUUUCAAACCAAUAAUAGAGAAUCUUUUAAUGUGUCGUCACCUGCACAACAACCUAUAAUUACUGAUAGUGUUACUUCCAAGCAGCAAUAUGGUUUGUAUAAUCCACAGAGCAAUUCUGAUGCUGCUACUGCUACCGCAACAGCUGAAUUUACCCCUGAACAGUACAUAACUUUGGACAAUAAUAACGAUAGCGCCAAUUAUACACAUAUUCAACGUCAACCGCAACAACUGGAUAGCUACAUAUCACCAACUACUUACCAACAGCAGCAGGCAAUACCAUCUCAAAAAAGUGCUAUAACCGCUUCUUCUAACGUAAGCAAUGCUACUACUUCAUCAUCUAUUCUGCCCAAAGCAGCCAAUACUGGUACUUGUAAUGACCCUCCUAUGCUCAUGAGCCCUAAAAUAACUCGUAGCAGAAAGGUAUCACCAGCCAAUUCAUCACUUGAAAGAGUCACGACACCCAUUACUUCUUCACCAGGCUCGUCGUUACCAUCAUCUUACUUUCAACAAGCUGUUAAUUCUGCUGCGGCCAAUCAACAGACAACUGGGGGUGUUUUGGCAUCAUCGCAAUCACCCUUGAUUAAGAGUACGCCUUCUCCCUCUCCUAUAAAUGCUGAACCGCCACAAGCUCCAAGAGCUUUUGCUGCUAAUAAUGGCGGUUUUUUAUUAUCGACGCCACAAUUAUUCAUGGCCAACACUAAGAACAGCAUGGUUCCCCAACCUACACCCUCUUCUUCUACUUCAACAAUUGGUACUUAUUGCAGUGCUCGCCAACAAUUCCAACAGCCUCCUCCUCCAUCCAGAAAUGGUAUCGCACCUUCGCCAAUGUUAAAAACACAGAGUCCUAAUGCUACAGCAGGCACCGUAGCAGUACCGCGGCCAUCACCUUUGACGGUUGUAGCACCUUCACCGUUAUUGGAAAAAGCAAAGUUUAAGUAUGCUGCAUAAUGGUUACGCUGCAGGUACAUCACCAGCCCUAAUGAGAUGCCCUCCCCCGUCCUAAAUCAUCGCUGCUCCUCUUCAAGGCCCUUCACAACCUAGAGAUGAGGUUGCGCCUGCUCUAUGAUAUGAAAUUAAAUUCAUUCAUCAGGGAUUUAGAUCCAUGACAGUAGCUUCUUGCAUAUUUUUGAUACUUCAUCAACAUUACUCAUUAUUCAUAUUCUUUACGUAUAUAUUCUCAUUUCCAAAAAAAAAAUCAUUCUGGAACUUUCUUUUUACUAUUAAAUGUCUCUAUUUGUUUAUGCAUAUAAAGAGCAGCAAAAUCAUGUCGCCAAAAAAGUACAGAC